CUUUCAAUUUUCUUUCAGUUAGUAUUUAAACUUCGUUCGGAAAGGUCGAAUUAGUUUUUAAAAAAUUUUUGUUGUUUUUUUUUCUGUGAUAUAUUUGAGACAAUCAUCCCACUUAAACGACAUAUAAUAUGUUAUCUAGCUGAGUAGACAUUCAAAAGUAGGCAUUUGGAACAGAUUAAAAUCGACAUUCUGAGUAGGUGACAAUGGAAUCGAAAAUUGGUGCAAUAGUUUUGUCGUGUCUGGCAUUAGCAGUAUGCACAUUACCGCAUAUCAGUCGCAGUGAGAUAAUAAAUGCUUCAAAUCGCAUAGAAACUGCAAAUCGCACAUUUAAAAUCGAUUUCCCCAACAACCAAUUUCUCAUGGAUGAAAAACCAUUCAAAUAUGUUGGUGGAGAAUUCCAUUAUUUCCGAGCACUGCCCCAAACCUGGGCUAGAACUCUACGAAAGAUGAGAGCGGCUGGACUGAACGUUGUUAGUACUUACGUCGAAUGGUCACUGCAUAAUCCGAAAGACAACGUCUACGUGUGGGAUGGAAUAGCUGAUUUGGUGAAAUUCAUCACACUUGCGGAAGCGGAAGAUCUGUAUGUCAUUUUGAGACCAGGACCAUACAUUUGCGCAGAAAGGGAUAUGGGCGGAUUCCCUUACUGGCUACUGCAUAAGUAUCCACGAAUUCAACUACGAAAAUAUGAUUCAGACUACCUCAACGAAGUUAGCAAAUGGUACGAACAAUUGAUGCCAAAAAUGGAACCAUUUCUUUAUGAGAAUGGCGGUCCGAUAAUAAUGGUACAAGUCGAAAAUGAGUACGGCUCAUACGGAUGUGAUACAAAUUACAAGAACUGGAUCCGCGAUGAAACAGAAAAGUAUGUGAAUGGCAAAGCACUUCUGUUCACCAAUGACGGGCCGGAUCAGGUGCGAUGUGGAAAGAUAGACGGUGUUUUUGCAACAUUAGACUUCGGGGCUUCUAAUGUCGCUGAAUCGUACUGGAAUAAGCUGAGGAAAUUGCAGCCCAAUGGACCAUUGGUCAACUCGGAGUAUUAUCCUGGAUGGUUGACACAUUGGCAGGAGGAAAUGCAACGUGUUGAUACGAGGAAGAUUGUGGCAACGUUUAGGCAGAUGCUUGCUAAUAACGCUAGUGUCAAUUUUUACAUGUUCAUUGGCGGUACCAACUUUGGAUUUACAGCUGGCGCUAAUGAUGGAGGACCUGGAGCUUUCAACGCCGAUGUAACUUCCUAUGACUAUGACGCACCGUUGGACGAGGCUGGUGACCCGACACCAAAAUACUAUGCUCUACGUGACAUAAUUGGAGAGUUUUUCCCACUGCCAGAUAUUCCUCUACCUCGAAAGGAACCCAAAAUGUCGCUGGGCACAGUCAAAUUACAUCCUGUUACCGUAUUAUCGUCAAACGUUUCGCGUCGACACAUGGGUAGAACGCCCGUGCAUAGUAGAUCACCUAUGACGUUUGAAGCUCUGAAUCAAUAUUCCGGUUUCAUUUUAUACGAAGCCAAUUUGCCGGUAUUUUUGCGUGAUCCGAGUACGCUGAAGAUCGACAAAAUAAGAGAUCGAGCUUACAUUUACGUGGACAAGAUUUUUAUUGGAAUUCUAUCUCGCGAAAAUAAAAUCAACGAAAUUCCAAUAAACGCCAACGUCGGAAGGCGUUUACAAAUUUUUGUGGAAAAUCAAGGCCGUAUCAACUACAACAUCCCGAACGAUUUCAAAGGAAUUAUCGGCGAAGUGCGAAUCAACGAUGUGCCGAUAUUCGAUUGGACGAUAACCGGUUUCCCGAUCGAAAAUCAUGAGGACAUCGACAGUGUGAUAAGCGAUUCAGCCAAUGGAGCGGAAACGGUCUACAAAGGUAUGCCGUAUCGAGCCUACAUAAGACAUGGUCCGACACUAUUCCAUGGUGAAUUUGAAAUAAACGAUCCGGUAAUUUACGAUACGUACUUGGACACCACUGGAUGGGGUAAGGGUAUCGCUUUUGUGAAUGGUUUCAAUUUGGGUCGAUAUUGGCCCGUUAUUGGACCGCAAAUUACGGUAUAUGUACCGAAAGAGUUGCUAUCGAUUGGAACGAACAAAAUUGUGCUGAUCGAAUUGCAAAAGGCACCAGACAACGGAACGGUUGAUUUUGUGGACACUCCCAAUUUGGAUGGUUAUAAUCGAUAAAUCUGUACAUGAAUCGUGAGAUUGAAUGUAGUUGGUAAAAACCCCGGGCAUCUUAAGAAAAAUGUUUAACGGUUGAUGCAAAUAAAUCGAGAUCAUUGUUCAUCGUUAAAUAUUAAAUUUCCGUUUGAAUAAAUUUUAGUUUACACGAAUUGACUGUCACUGUUAUAAUAUGGAC